UGUAACCUUUUUUUGCGAGUUAGGUCAUUAUUAAUGUUAUUUUGUAUUUAUUGUGCAUAAGAGCUAUUAGUUAUAUAGUCCUUAGAGUGUGUGUAUGCUAGUACAAGGCUUUAGUAUAGUCGCUUUAGUUACAGCAACCUUAAGUAUACGUUUAAAGAGCCUGGGUUGUAUUGGCAUGUAACGAUAUUUGUUAUCUUUGAUUGGUUCAAUGUGCAUUUUGAGAUUCCGAGAUGUUUGUGUAAAUUAUGAAUUGUUUUCUUGCUGUAAAUAAUUCGUAUAGUGUUUAUUUACUUAUUUGAGUGUCUUACUGGGUUACUGCGACCCUUUUGUAGAUUAUAAUGUGUAUAGUACGUUUACCUGAUACCAAAAAUAGCCAUCAAAAGAAAUAUACCCACAGAAUCGGACUAUAUGUUACGAUCGGCCCGGGCCUUUCUUUACAAUGAGGCCCACAAAUUGUAUAUCAUAUGAUGGAUAUCCGAUUCUAGGUCUACAAGUCCUCAAAAUCAUUCUGUUAAGUGUGAUAAUGUAUCGAUAACUGAAGAAGGCAUGCCUACAAUAAAUUAUGUAUCUUUAAAAGAAAUAUAGGCAUUAUGUUGCUUUUUAAUCGAUAAGUGUGUAGGUCCUACAAGGAUGAAGCCUACUAUUACCAUUGUCUAUUUCUGAAAAUGUGUUAGAUUAAAUUAGUAUAAAUAUUAGCUUUUUUUAAAAAAACAUAACACUCAGAGGGCGCCUUUAACAAGAGAAUAUUCUAAAACCUUUAACAAGUUAAUAAUUUCUAAGGUGGUUUUCAUAAUACCCUUUUGGGGACCCUAACGGCCCAUUAGGGUACCGGCCCACCGGGCAUUUGCCCAAAUGCGCAUAUAGCCAGACUGCCCCUGCAUAUCAUAUAUCGAUAUAUUUAAAGAUAAUGCUGGCCGAUAAAGAUAUAGGAGCGUGGUAUGUAAUUUUUGUAAAAAUUUAGUUAAAACUCUUUGACUCAAGAAAACCACCUCCAUUGGGCUCUCUAAACGGCCUGUCCGCGAGGAAGUCAAAGAGAUAUUUCUUCAUUCCCCAUUACCGAUGGCUUAUAAUAUAUAUAGAGAAACUGUCAGGCUAGAGUCGAGGCUGAAGGUUGAGUACACCGACAAUACUGCCCAUAUUCUUUCUCUGGAGAACGUAAGUCGUGAAGAUGGAUGCGGCAUGACAACUCAAAGAAAGGUGUGUGAAUAGUGACCUUGUUAUUGGGGUCACGUCUAUAAGUGCAAUUAAGUCACAUAAAUAUUUUUAGAAGUUAUUGUAAGAAAACAGUCUCUGAUAAUUUCCUUGUUGGUAACUUUUCAUAGUAAUAGUUCCGGUUUCUACUAUUAAAAAUAACUACACUGUACAGUCUCAAAAUUUAAAUAUAAUGUUCACUUUCACAUUCAUUAUGACAGAUUUUUUUGACAUGAUAAUAAUUGUUUGUCCGCAUUUUGAUGGCUAGUGUUUACAGAAAACAACGUAAUGUGAUGUUCAUGACUUGUUCUCGUGUUUACAAACAAUAUAUGAUGAAGCGAUGAAGGUGCCAAAGAAGUGCAAAUGGUUGCACUUAUUAUUCUGUAUCUCACAACAGCUGUUUUCCUUGCACUUGUAGGUAUGUGCUAUGCAUGCCCCGUCGCUGAGGAGGGCACCCCCUACAGCUUCAAUGGUACAUUCAAUCAUACAUUGGACGAACCGGUUGAAAAUGUCUGGUUACGAAACAAAACGCCAAUAUCUACAUGUAAACCAAGACUCGUUUGUCACGACAACACCAAUAAAACAGUCACCACUAUACAGCAAAGUCACGGCAAUAGAUACCAGUUAACAUUGACUAUUAAAUCUGUGAGCAGAAAAGAAAUGAACGUCUGGUGUCUGAAAUAUCUCGGGCCUGCAAUUACAAAAUUUACAGGGUCACUGUUUACCUGUCAUUUACGUGUUUUUGCUCGAGGCAAAAACAUUAGCUGCCAGGAAAUCUUUGACAAUCGUGUUCUAAAAGUUGCUUGCAAAAUUGAUAAGAUAUUUCCUGAAGCCAAUGGUCUCCUGAUAAUACACUAUAUGUCAGUGUCGUCACAAAGACAAAUGAAAUGUCGACAUAUCGUGUCAGAAUAUGAACCAACAUAUUUCAUAUCCCAGUGUGAGGCUGAGGUUCCAAUCCGAGAGAUCAGUUUGAAUUCUGAUCUAGUUGUCAUGCUUUACCCAAACGUCACUGGCAGCUUGGACGAUGUUAGACAUGGCGUUAACAAGACACUGACAGAAUAUAAAUCCAGCAGAACUUUAGUCUUACAAGACUGUCCAAAUAUUAUCGAGGUUGGAAAAAGAAUUGAUUGUCUGUGUGUAGCUGGUAACCGAACAUCAGACCAUUCAAACAUCUCUUGGUUCAGUGAGAACAACAUCACCAUUGGAAAUGAAACUUCUGUACUUUCAUUCACAGCAACGACAAAAAACAAAGUACACGAGUGUCGAGGGAAAACCGUAUUAGGUGUAGAUAGUGUCCCUAUUUUUUAUGAACCAAAAUCUUUUGUAAAAGGUCAAAAUCUGACUUGCGAAGCAAGAGAUACGUCUUCCAGUUUCAUUCUUGUUUGUUAUAUAUACAACAUUUACCCAGAAGGCAUUUGUUUAUUUACUUUUAAAGGCGAGCAUAUCACAAGAAAUGGACGAUCCAUCAACAAACGUAGCAGCUUGAACAGUACAACAGACUGCUCUUUAGAAAUCAUUUAUGACAAUUGGGACUAUGGCAACGUUUCAGUAGAUGUUAUAUUCUAUCCUAAUGUAACAGGAUCUAGCAGUGACAAACUGUAUGGUUCACACAAGUCUGUAAUACUUUUUCUUGAUGGACGAAAUAAGAGAGACAACGUUGUUAAUAGUUGGAAAUCAGAUUUGUUUUCCCAUGAAGUUACCGGACCUGUUUUGUUAGGUGGCAUAGUUCUUCUGUUGUUGCUUGUCCUAGUCAUUCUCUACGUUUGUUUUCAGCAAAAAAUCGGUGCAACCAGACUCUGUACAAGAUCCGAGAGAAGACAACAACACAGCGACAGAGUUACUCACUCUCUGAGACCGGUGUCUCAUGUCUACGAAUCCGUUGAUGAUACUCUAGCUUUUCCCAGGAUAACAUCCAACGGGAUCUACGUAAACAGCCAAAUCAUUGCACAGAGAAACAAUCUCUUGUUGAACUCUGAGUACUUAACUCUAGUUGAAGCUCAAUCAAUUAAUAACACAGUUAACCCUCUACAAGAGGAAGACAGCGAGGGAUACAUAUCAUCAUUAUGAUGUUA